AUGGAGUCUGCUCCCGGUCUGAACACCGGUCAGCUGACCCCGAGUGACCCCGCCUGUGGUCCCACCUACAGUGACGAUCGCUUCGCCUACUUCCACUUCACUGUGAACUCCUGUGGCACCACCAGGAAGGUUUCCUGCUACUAUGUGGUCAACAUCACUCGCAUAUUGGCCUUCCUGACCAGGCCACGUGACAACAAGUCUUUUGCAGAGACUGGGAAGGGUCAACUAAUGUUCAGAAUGAGACUCCUUCAGGAUCUACAGGAGGAGGACUAUCCAGUGGUGAGGUGCCUGAGACAGCCUCUGCACUUUGAGGUGGAGCUGACCAGGUCCUCUGACCUCAAGGUAGCGCUGGUGCUUGACCACUGCUGGGCCACCCUCAACGAGGACCGCGACUCCCGACCCCGUUGGAAUCUCUACAUUAAUGGGUAA